AUGAAAGUAGUUGAUAAAGAAUCAUCAAGUAAAACUGGUGGUGGUAGUACUAAUGGUGGCGGAGAUGAUGGACAGGUGUUUGUUGUGACUCUAGAAACCAUAUUUUCAGUGGAGGCACCUGAUUCACUUUGUGAUGCCAUCACUCACAAUCUACUCAAAGAUCCAUUGUUUUACAAUGGAAAUACUUAUUCAAAGGAUACUUGGGUUAGAUUCAACGGUGUACAUCCACUGACCAAUCAACCCUUCCAAAUGGAUCAAUGCCAACGCAACUUGGACAAGGAGAAUGAAGUUGAUAGCUAUCUAUCUACAUGCUUCAAAUCUCUUGUCAAGCAAUUGGAGACUGAGCCCACCAUCCAAUCUGUCGAAAAGGUACUAUCCGUCGUCCCUCUUCUCGACCACCAACGUAGUUGUUGUUUAAAUGCCAUUAGAGAAUUUAAAACAAUCCUAUCAACUACUACCCUUAGAAAUCAAUUUCAAAAAUUAGUAAAUGAAUCAAAAUUAUUAAUUUGGAAUCAAUUUAUAAAUGUAAAUAAUAAUCAAAAUAAUAAUGAUCCAAAUAAUAAUAAUAAUAAUAGUAAAAAUCCAAAAAAUAGAACACAAAAGAUGUUUGAAUUCCUAAUUGAAAAGAGAAAGGAACAUUUAAACAAUAUGGAAUUGGUAUAUGGAUCAAAACUUAAAUGGGAUCCUAUUACAUUCCAAAUUUCAACAUCGGUUGAUAAAUCGGUUGAUGCCGAUGCAAACAAUACUGUUGACGAGUUGCUUUCCAAUUGGAAGAAUGAGACUAUCAACAAGUCGAGCAUCACCAAACAACAUUGCCAACUCGUGGCCAAAAAACUGAGCAACAGAUCAAGAGAGGAUCCAAAUGUCAUCAUAUCGGUUCAGACACUUCCAUCAUUCACCUCUCAGAAAAUGGAUCUAUUGAUUGAUAUCUAUGGUGUCGAUAUCAUCCCUUCCUACAUUUCAACACUUCGUUCCAAUAUCGAUAUGUUGCUUGGUCAACUUGUCAGUCGUCAACCAACCAUCUCUAGUCAGGAUCUAGGUUCCUUGUUGAAAAACGAAAAGAAUAAUGUAGAGGUCUUGUUGGAAUCCCAUUUCUGUACUCUUGAAGGAUCAAUCAAUGAUUAUACAUUGUAUGCAACUUCAGAUGAUGAUUGGAAUUUAGUCAACAAAUCAUUAUCAAAUGUAAAACAAUUAAAAGGUUUAAAUGAAAUUGUAAAUUCAAAUGUAAAUGUAAAGCAACAACAAACAUCACCACAACAAACAAAUAAUGAUAAAAAAUCAAAAGAUAAAAAACAACAACAACAACAAGUUGAACCUCAAGAUCCACCACAACAAGAAACUUUUAUUGAAGAUGGUCGUCCUGUAUUAUACAAGAGUCCAAACGGUAAAUUAGUUGGAGCAAAUCAAAAACCUAGUAGAACUUUGUUUAUUAGAAAUCUUGGAUUCUAUUUUAAACUUGAUGAUAUUGUACCAAUAUUUGCAAAAUAUGGUGAGAUUCGCAAAAAGUAUUCACUUAUUCCAAAAAGAGGUAUCCUAUUUCUUACUUUUUAUGAUAUAAGAGAUGCUGAAAAGGCAAAGAUUGAAUUAGAUCUUACAAAGGUUCUUGGUAGAGAGAUUGGAGUUCAUUUUGAUUCAACUACAAGUGAUAGUGAAGAAGAUGCAAAGGCAGUCUCUGGAUACCUCAUUUUAAAGAACAACACAACAAGCAUCGAAGAAUUGAAAACUUAUUUUGGUUCAUUUGGUGAUUUGAAAAGUGUUAGAAAUGAAGAAAGAGAUGUGAUCAUUGAAUAUUAUGAUAUUAGAAAUUGUGAAAAAGCAUUAAAAUCAUCACAAGGUAAAUCAUUGGGAAAACAAACUCUAUCACUCUUUAAAUGGGCUCCAAAAGAAACAUCAAUCAUUGUAGAAACUUCAACUCUUACAAUUGUCAACAACAAAAACAACAAGAUUAAUAAUAAUAGUAAUAAUAAUAAUAAUAAGAGUAUAAUUAAAAAUAAUCAAGAGCAAGUGGAAGAAGAAGAUGAUGAAGAUAAUCAAGUUGGAGAUUUACAAAAAGUUACAUUUAGAAGACAAUUUAGAGGUUUUAUUGUGAAUACAUUUACAAAGAAAUGGAAGACAAUGUUCCCAACUGUCAAGAUUACAAUACUUCAUAGUUCAAUCAAAUUUGAUGAAAAGAAAGACAGACAAAAGGUUUUUAAAUCAAUCAAAGAUGAUGUAGAUGCUGUUCGUAUGAAGAUGGUUGUUUUGGAUGCACCUCAUUCAUUGUCUCUCUACCAACCAUUGAUUCAAGAGUACCAAGAAAAGAAUCAAAUCGUCAUUGAAAUCAAGAUUAGAUUAGCCAAUCUUUCAAAGUCAAAUGAAAAGCAGUAUGGACAAGCUCCAAGUGAGAAGUUUGGUUCCUCCACUACUGCUGCUACUAUAUAUUCGUCGACAGAUUCCAAUGUAUUAGAUAUGACAGUGAUUGGUCUUGAUGACAAUGUACUUGCAAAGGCUAUCUCUCAUGUCAAGUCAUUGUUUGGUUUGUGGGCUCAACUCACCUCUCCUCUAGGACUCUAUCAAAAGUUGGAUUGCUCUCAAUUUGCAAUACCUAAUCGUUGUAUCGUAUCUUUAAAAGGACAAGCUGUCCUUGUUGAAGCAACCUCUAAAGAUAUUUUAAAAAGUGUUGCAGAACAAGUACAACAAAAAUUGACAGAAUUUACAAAUGUAAAAUUUGAAUUAGAUGUUGAAGAAUUUGAAAUGAAAUAUUUAAAACAAAAGAAUAUAAUAUUUCAAUUACGUCAACAAAAUGUAGAUGCCAAGAUUGAUAUACCAAGUGAUGUUAAAAUUGUUGUGCUAGCACCUCCAGCAACAUCAACCAACAUCAAGAGGGAAUUGGCAUCAUCUUUGGAUGGAAUAGUAGGCAAAGUAAUCAAUAUCAAAGGAGAAGAGACAAAGGUUCAUUCAAAACUGAUCAAGAUCAAGUUACUGUCUAUCCAAAACAGAUUACAACAACAACAAUCAAAAGAUGUUACAUUGGAAUUUAAAAACCUAUCUUCAAAGGAUUUGUUUAUUGAUUUUGGAAACAUUAAAAUCUAUGGAGUCAAAAAAGAAGUUGAAUUGAUUGAAAAAGAAAUUUUGCUUUGUAAAUCAAGCAUCUUUACUUUGAAUAUUCAAUCUGACAACCUUGGAUUGAUCAUAGACUAUGUCAAGGAUCCAAAGAAAAAAGAUAAUAUUUCUUUAUUGGAAACUCUCUAUAACUCUUCCAUUGUAGUGUCCAAGGAUAUUUCAGUCACCAUUUCAUCAUUUGAUAAGCAAGAUGCUGUUGCAGUUGAAAAAGAAUUGGAUUUACUAGUUGGAAAAGAACCAAGAGAUUCUAAAAUUAUUCAUUUUAUUAAUAGUUUAGUUUUUGAAAAGUUUAGAAAUGAUAAUAGAUGGACAAUAAUGUCAUUGGAUAAGGGAAUAUUAUGUAAAUUAAAUCCUAGUGAUUUAACAAUGACCAUUACAGGUAAUCCUAGUAGAGUUGCAUCAAUGCAUGAUGAGGUUGAAAAAGAAAGGGUUAAAGUAGCUGGUCAGUUUUUCGACAUGGAAGUAGAGAUUAACAAGAUGCAAUACGAUGUCAUAUCACUCAACACCAAACAACUACAAUUAGAGUCAAACGUGUUGAUACAUUUGAUAGAGAGUGAUCAAGAGAUGAUUUCGCUGUGUCUUCCAAAUGGCAAAUCCAUCUCUCUAAAGUAUGGUAAUUUGCUAAAGACCAAAGCAUCGGCCAUCAUCAACCCGUGCAACUCUCAGCUUGCACAUGGUGGUGGAGCGGCGUUGGAAAUUGCCAAGGCUGCUGGCCAACAAUACAUCGAUGCCUGUGCCACCUAUAUCCGUCAACACGGACUACUCAACGUCGGUCAAUCGUUGGUCACUUCCAACUAUCAAAUGAAAAACUGUUCAUUUAUCAUCAACUCGGUCGGUCCUAAUCUCGCCAUAGAGAGCCAGAAAACCAACAGAAAGCAGUUGUUGCAGAGUGCACUCAAAACUGCAACCGAACAAGCCAACAAGUUGAACCUAGAGUCGAUUGCAAGCCCUGCAAUCAGCUCUGGUUUGUUUGGAUACCCAAUCUCUGAAUCUGCACCUAUUCUAAUUGAAACAGCUAUUGCUCAACUAUCACAAUCAACCUCGCUCAAGAGUAUUGUGUUUGUUGACACCAACUAUGAUCUCUUGCAUUUCUUUAAAAAAGCAAUUUUGGAUAUCCAAAAGAUAAAGGUUGACGCUGACUGGAAAUGGAGAGAGAAUGACAACCAAUACAUUGAAUAUGAUAAAGCUAGUAAGGUAUUGUUGGAAAAGGCAUACAGAGAUGGCAGUCCAUUUGUCAAUUUAGAUAUUGAGGGUCGACUCUAUAGAGUCAUGUUUGAUGCCAACAAUUGGCACCAAAUCAACUUGGGUAUUAGAAAUGGCAACAAGAGAUCGGUGAUUAGAACACCACCAGCCAUCGACAUCACUGGUAUUACCAUUAAAAACCCUACCGCCAAUAACAAGAUUAGAGUGACUGGAACCAAAGAGUCAAUUGAAACUUUAAAAAGAAAUUUGGUUCGUAUGGUAUCUUCCAAUGUUACAACGGUCAACAUCAACAAGAACCUCUGCAACAAUGAAGAAAAGAUCAUUCAACUUGCUGAUUUUAUUGGUGUAGAGAUGAAAAAGGUGGAAGCCAAUUCGUACCAACUCAAAGGAUUGCAACAAAAAGUGUACGAGGUUCAAAUUGCCAUCUUGGAGAAUUCAACCCCAUCAGACACCCAAGUAUCUUAUCCAAGUGGAUGGGAUCCAAAAGUCAAGCAAGGAUUCAUUGACAUUGCAGCUCAAUCAACCGAAUGGAAUCAAGUAGUUGAUAAAAUCAAAUCAACCAUCCCAUCUGCAAGAGUAUCCAAAAUUCAAAUCGUUCAAAAUGAAGAAGCUUACAUUAAUUUUGUUCAUAUGAAGAAUAGAUUUAAAUUAAAUGAAAAAGAUGAUAAUGAAACAUUAUUAUUUCAUGGUAGUCGUCAAAAUGAUCCAAAGCUUAUUUGUUUUUCAAGAGAUUGUUUUGAUUUUAGAUUUGGAUCAGAAGGUGGAUCGUAUGGCCCAGGAUCCUAUUUUGCUAGAGAUGCAUCCUAUUCCAACUCUUAUGCCUUUGCAAGCAAAGAUGGUGGAAAACAAUUCUUUUUAGCCAAGGUACUACUUGGAGAAUCCAUUACGAUUCCACCAACCAAGCUUCAUCUACCACCCCUUAAACCAAACACAACCUAUGACCGUUAUGAUUCUGUCAAGGGUAAUUCAGGUGGAGAAAUCUAUAUUGUCUAUGAUUGCAAAGUUUCUUAUCCAUAUUAUUUGAUCACCUAUAAUUAA